GACCAUUAUUUGAAGUCAAAAUUAUUAAAAAUAAUGGGCAAUACUCGCUCAGCACUGGGAGAUUUACAUUUAUUUUCAAAAGGAGGUGUUUUUACAUCUGAACAGCUUGAUGAAUAUCAGGAUUGCACAUUCUUCACUAAAAAAGACAUUCUUCGCCUUUAUAAACGUUUUCAUGCUCUUAACCCCGAAAAAGUGCCUGGAAACAUGCAAGGGAAUCAAGCUUCACUUGUUAAAAUGACGUUUGAGGAAGUUGGAAGAAUGCCUGAACUUAAGGAGAAUCCUUUCCGUCGAAGAAUUUGUGAAGUAUUCUCAGAGGAUGGCUGUGGAAAUUUAACUUUUGACGAUUUUCUCGAUAUGUUUUCUGUAUUCAGUGAAAUGGCUCCUUUACAAUUAAAAUUGAAAUAUGCCUUUAGAAUAUAUGAUUUUGAUGGGGACGAGUUUCUGGGACGUGAGGACCUAAGACAAAUGAUUGAUGCACUUACAAGGAAAGAGAUGAGCGACGAAGAAGUAGAAUUCAUCAUAGACCGUAUUAUUGAAGAAGCAGAUCUGGAUGGAGAUAAAAGAAUUUCCCAGGCUGAGUUCGAACAUGUAGUGUCUCGUUCACCUGACUUUGUGCGGACAUUCCAUAUCAGAAUAUAA